AUGAGAGUUUAAGCCUCAUCAUUUAGUUUACCUGCUCUUUAAUUGCAACCUAAAGAUUCUUAAUUCAGUCUCAGUUAUGGUGAUAACAAUUAAUCUAGUUCUUCGAUGAUCAAAUAUUAGAGCAGUCCUCAAAGAUAUUAUGAUCCAGCACCUAUAAAAAAGAAAGUAAGAGGAAUGAACAUUGCCAUAUACAAUAGUUAGGAGAAACUAAAAACAGCAGAAUUUCGUUAUGGAAGUGAUUUGAUUACUUAAACAUAACCACUUAACUAAAGUUCUUCAGUUGUUAAUACUGUUCGCAGAUAUAGAAACAAGCUAAAAUAAUUAAUGUACUAAUCUCCCAAGGAAGAUGGAGGACUAUCUCGAGAUCCAAGAAUUUAUUCCUUUAAAGAACCUACUGCCACUAUUAGAUUAGAUCGUCUAACUAAUUAUAGGGAUGAUCAAUAAAUGAAGGACAAAAUCACUUAAUUAAUGAGUAAAGUGAAAUUACUAUUAUCUACACAAUAAUUUUAUUAAGAACCAUAUCAAUAAGAGACUUUUAAAGUUACUAUGGUGCAUCUUAAAGAUGAAUAUGAUUGUCUCUAUUAAGACUUUAAUGAUUACUAUGUUCAAAAUAAGAAACUUGAUAAUUAAGUGCUAUAAUUGUACAACCAUAUGGAGACAAUAAAAACACUUCUUAAACCUAAAAGACCUACAAUGACUAGAAAAGAAUCUCUCAUUAUAUUUGAUCAAGUUUAAUAGGAAUCCUCAAUACCAUAAACUUCAGAUAAGAUUGAAGAACCUCUUUAAUUAUCCUAGGUUAUAGAGAUCCCUCCUUCAUAAGAUCAAUAAACACCUAUAGUUUCUCAAGAGGAACCUCAUGAAUAGAGUGCUUUUACUCCUCUUACAUCAAUAUAACUUAAUGAAGAUUAAACACCUAGUGAUAUUGAUAAGGAAGAAAUCAAAAAUAAUUUUCCAAUUAGUCCUAAAAAGAAAUAGAUUAAAUAAAAAAAAAGUCCUUUAAAAUCUUAAAAAUCAAUCAUUUUAUAACCAUCUGUUUAAGAUCUCUCUUAAUUAGAAUUCAAUCCUUUAUCUUCCUAAUAACAAUAAUUGAGUUCAAGAUCUAAAAUUCUUUUUGAAGAUAUCCCUUUAAAAUCUGUCCGUAGUACUAAGAGUGAAUAAAUAAAAGAAUUGGAUAAAUAGGAUGAAACUCCAUAAUCUGAAAAAGUUCCAUUUAAAAGAUAAAGCAGUAAUGUAGGGUCUUUAAAUAAAAGAAGAAACACAGUUCUCGAAAAUAAAUUGGGAAGAAGAUAAUAAAAGGGUGCAAUUAGUAUAUCUGAAUAGGAUGACAGUUAAUCUGAUGAAGGUGUAAAUGAAAAUCAAUAAAAAGAAGAAGUGAUUGAAAUAUAAGAAGAAUUACAAGAGGAAUAUAAAACUAUUAAUUAUAAAUAUAACGAUCUUUUAGAUAAAUUAAUCGAAUCUGAAAAUAUCUUUAGAUAUCCCUUUUAUUAGACAUGGGAAUUCCAUAUAGAUUAAAUAAUUCAAGGAGUAAUUUUUGGUGAAUUUGAUUUGUGA